AUGUUGCUUCCCGAGGCCUCCAAACCUGUGAUCGUCCAGAGUCCACCGCGGAGGGACGACAGCAGCUCCUCUCUCAAAGUCACGCACAUCUCCAAAGACCUUCAGAUCAUCUCCACCAAACACAAGACCCCUGCAUAUGGCUCACUGGGCCCCUACGGCUGGCCCCAGAACUUCUCCCAGGCUCAGGACCAGUACCUGUACCGCCCUCCUCCUCCUCCGCCGAAGACCAAACCUCCAGCAAAGACCUCGCAGAAAGCCAAGAAGAUCCUAGGGUGGGGUGAUUUUUACUUCAAUGUCAAAACCUUGAAAUUCAGUCUCUUAGUGACAGGAAAGAUUGUUGACCACAUCAAUGGAACUUUUAGUGUUUACUUCCGGCACAAUUCCUCACGAUUGGGUAACAUUUCUGUUAGCAUCGUUCCACCAUCGAAAGCAGUAGGUUGGGAGGUGCUAAAUGAACCUCAAACCAAGAAUUCGGUUUUGAUUCCAGAUGUGAUUUCAACUGUUGCAAGCACUCCGCAGGCGACAAGUAUGCCUCCAAUGGAACAGAAAGAUAUGGUGAUGGUUACCGAGUUGAACUGUCGAAUUGAGUACCAAAGAACGAACAGGUCCAAGAAGACUAAACCAUGUCUCUAUGAUCCCGGGCAGACGUGUUACUCAGAGAAUACGCAGUCACAAGCGGCGUGGAUCUGCGCAAAACCGUUUAAGGUCAUUUGUAUCUUCAUUGCUUUCACAGGAACGGACUACAGACUGGUCCAAAAAGUGUGUCCGGACCAUAACCACCAAACUGAGCCAAGUCAACAGAUCUUUGGGUGA